AUGGUCAACCAAGUAAGUCCCUCGAUCCGGUGAGCACUUUCCUUUUCCCAGAGCAUUUAGCCCAUUGCUGACUACAAGGACCAUUGCUACUACCGAGAACAGUGUAACAUGCUCUUGGCUUGAAUUAUAGCUAGGAAAACUUGCCCAACAUUCAUCUUUUCCUCCUGGACCCGGGUUAGGUAAUGGCUGACUUCGCGUAGAGCCACGCAGCAUUGCUGGGCCACGGACUCGCGCCCUGUCGGCUACGGUCAGAGCACGCAUAGUCACAUAAGAUUGCCGCUUGUCGACCUAUCACGGUGGUACGAUGACCGUGACCCGUUCCUUUAAUACCUUGGAGUUACGACCUAAGGCCCACGCGGAAGGUGCCUGUAAUUUGCACCCUCACUUUUAUUGAUUCCGCCUAACAGUUGGGUUGUUUUGUGCACUCUGCCGCGCUCACUUUGAUUUUGAGCCGAUUUUACUUGCAGGCCUAUCAGCACUACUGCAGCAACCAGUCCCUCUCCGCCUCCUUCCCGGAUCUCUUCGGAUACGCUGAGGACGAAUUCGACGACUGUCGGGAGCGUCUUGAUGUGGUUAUCGAGCAGGCCCUCUCUGGCCUUAACUUCAAUCUUACCAUCCAGGAGGACACGGUGAGAGGCCUUUUCUCCUUUUUUAUGCGGACCUACUCAUUUUCGCGUUUUCAUUUCCCAUUCAUUGGUUGCUUUAAUUUUGGGCUGUAUGUAUUGAUGCACAUGCUUCAAGUCUGUCCCUGAUUCUCUUAAUGGCGCCUGAUAGAGUACUGCAGAUCGUGACCCCCUAACUUUUGCUGCUCAGCUUGACUGUCGAUUCCAUUUUAGGUGAACAAUUCUCUAUUUGAGCAAGCAUGCAACGAACUUAUCAUCGCCGAAGGCGGCGAAGAGGUGGGUGACGAGUCGGUUGGGCUGCCUAUUGUUUGCAUGGAGACCACUACUCCUACUCAACCUCGCUUGUCCAACCGCUCCACCGCCGAGGCAUCUACCUCCCCCAACGUUGAUGGUGAUCGUCAACGGGGUGGAAAAGAGGCAUCCUCUCCGAUCCUCUGUCGCCAACCCCUUGGCAAAACUUCAUUGGCGCAGAGUUUACCGACUGCGUCGGAAGUAUCUCAGGCACCUACUGAAGGCCACUUAAAGCAACUAUCGCUGGGUCGUCUGAAGGAGGUACGUCCUUCCUGCCUCCGCACUCCCCCCCCCUCGGACACGCUUCCAGCUUUUCAUACGUAUCACUUAGUAGUAGUAGUAGUAGUAGUAGUAGUAGUAGUAGUAGUAGUAGUAGUAGUAGUAGUAGAAGUAGUAGUAGUAGUAGUAGUAGUAGUAGUAGUAGUAGUAGUAGUAGCAGUAGUAGUAGUAGUAGUAGUAGUAGUGACCGUGUUUUUUGUUGUCAGAAUGUGGAUAAUGCCAAGGGCUUCUGGUUUCUGCACGGUUGUAGGUUUUUAGCACUCCGACGGCCAGCACUGAGCAACCGCAGGAAAACUCAUCGGCGCCAACUACGGAGGAAGAUGAACAGGAUAGAUCCUAUGGGCAUCUACGCGAGGCCUCCCGACGUGGCGAUGAGGCCUUGCCCGACUUUGCCUCCUAUUCCUCCUCCGUAGACACUGCUCCGACGAUCGCUGUCACGCCUUCGCGACUCUCAUCUCCCGGCCGCACUCCCCACCUUGAUCCGCAUGCCGAGAGGCACGCUCCGGAUUCCCUUGUCUCCUCUCCGCCCCUUUCGCCUUCCCCCACGAAGGAAUUGCAUCCUCGACUCGGUAUGCCAUCUCCUCUCCCCCCAUUCAUACUUACGAGUUCUUGUUUACCUUGUGAGAAAUUUUCGUUCAUGCUAUCUCUCUCUCUCUCCUGCCAACACGACAGAUGGCUUUCGUCUAUCGUGUGCUGACUGGCCAUCCGGGGGCCACAACAAGUUGUGGUAUGUGCAUCACGAAUUUGAGCUAUGCUCACGACAUUGCGGUGCUGGCGAACUCCUUUGUGUCCCAGCCACUUGCGAAGGCAGCCAAAGUGGACUUGAAAGCAAGCCUCUUUGAGGAGGUGUAUGACGAUUGCCUCGGGUUGCGCAGUCGCGAUACUUUCUGGCUAUUCGGCAUCCUCUACUCCUUUAGGCCCAGAAAUUUGCCAAUGACGCAAAUCAGGGAUAGAAGCAACUGAUAUUAUUGACAAAGACAAGGGAGACUGGAGUGGCCAUUUCUGGCUUAUUAGCCGUCGUCAGCCAGUCAUAUCCAACCCAGAUCGGUGAGCGCCCCCUACCAUUGUAUAUUCCCGAUUGAAAACCGACAGGGCAACGGACUCGUGGCUCAGUAGUUAGAGGCGUGGACUUCUAACAAACAGGUCGCGAGUUCGAGCCUCGGGUGUGCCACACUUCGGGGUUGGGUAUGACUGGCUGACGACGGCUAAUAAGCCAGAAAUGCUAUUCCAGUCUCUCUUGUCUUUGUCGGUAAUAUCAUUCUGCCUAUAUCAUGCGCCGCUGUGCGGCUGCUGGUUGGGCUCGAGAGAGAGUCUAUAAGGCACAACGGAACGAGUGAGUUCCGUAAGUACGAUCGGUGAGCGCCCCCUACCAUAGAAGCAACUAUUGGAUCAGCCGGGUGCGCACUGUCUUCGUCCGACCUCGUACUGCGUGCACCUUUCAUUGUUGUGUUCAUGUCCACCCUAGUCAACCUCGAUGAUGUUGCAGAUUGUAUCCUUCCACGCCUCACGAUGUGCAGUAGUGAAUCUGCAGGGUUCGGCCCACACCGACAAAUACGGAAUACAGACGGCUGUACAGAUCUACCAGCAAUUUCAACUAAUUCAAGCGCAAAUCACCGUUACCGCUCUCAACUUGCUCUGCAGCAGACAGUGGACAUAGUUGGAAUUGACGGUCGAACUGUCGUGUGUACAUGGACGAGAGUUCAGCCACGUCAACCUCCCCCCCCCCACCCCACCCCACCCACCCACCAAUCAACAGUCCUUUAAUCAGAAGACGAAAAUGUAAUCACUGGAACAAGAAAUUUAUUGGCCUGGCGUUUCGGAUUCUCACUCGAAUCCAUCAUCAGAGACAGUCGCAGAUCAAGUCCUUUAAUCAUUUGAACGCACUGAUUGUGGGUAGACAGGGCGUCGCAGAUGUUACACAGGCCUCCACCACUAUUAGCCGAGUUCGUAGACAAGUCGUCGCUGUGUUGUCCUCGAGACCUUGGUGGUCCCGGUUCUUACACCACAACCCGUCUUGCAGCGCGCCUGUCUGUCCACGACUGCUUUUUCGUCAGACGCGAAUCAAAUUAUCUCCCAGGUGGACUUUACUGCUGGACGUUUCAGGUAGCUGAUAGUUGGGUCAACUGUCGGAUCCCAUCCUCUCAGAAUUCCUGCGACUCCGCCUCCCCCCCCCCAACUGCUCACUGUAACAUCAAAAGUAACUAAUGUUUUCCUCUUUUUUGCUCUCAGUUUCUAAUUUUGAUUUGUAGCCCUGGCUCCAGGCCCAACGCCGAGCAAUGGUCAGCCAAUCAUGUCCGUCGGUCGUGCUCGUCGGCUUUCAGCUUCCCCAACGGCCGAUCUCCCGCCCUGGAUUGAUAUGUUUGACGACUCGGAGAGCCCCAUGAUGCGAGGCAGCUUGAACGCAGCCAAUGAGGCCUCUGCUGACGCCCUGGCAGACACCACAGCGGAUUCCGUCCCGCCCUUGCGGUAUACCUCGCGAAAGUACACCUGGUCGGCACCGCCAUCUCCCGUGCGGGGACCCCGUUCGUCCACAGCCCCAGUGAAGGAGACUCGAACCGACCUGCAGCAUGUGGUUUCGUCUGAAUUGCCUGAUGCCGAUAGCUUUAUCCUUCCUCGGGUCCCGCUCCUCGCCAGCGAUCUCAAUUCACACUCCUCCGCUUCAAACAGUGUGAAGCCUGACCCAGCACGGUCGCCGGUCUCUGUAGCUGUUUGUUCUUCAACCUCUGAUGCGGUACGUUGUCUUUUCUUGAGCAUGGUGGUUCCUGUGCAUCCUUAACCACCCCACUCCCUCCUACUCCACCGGGGACAGCAGGGUUCAAUCAUCGUAGACAACGGCAGAAUGUACACUGAGGUCCCCUUACUCUCUGCUAAGUGAAGUUUCCUAUCGGAUACAGACGCGCCUGGACUGUUCACAAUCCGGUAGUUCGAUCGUCUCAAGCGAUGGCUUCCACGAUGUCGUUCCUGGUGGUCCGGGCGACUGCAGUGUCACAUCGUGUAACCAACAGCCAUCACUUCUGGUUGCCCCUGUUCGGGGACUCGGUUCUCGCUGAGAGCUGCAAUGUCGACUUUGUGGAGCGUCGCUUUUCGAGCAAAGAACAGCGUCGUUUUUUCUUCUGGCCGGUCGCUCAGCGGAUUGUCUGAAAAAGAACGAGCAUUCCAGGCCGCCAGAGUGAGCAGAGCCACUGCAGCAACCUGUGGAGUGGAGCGGAGACAAUUGUGACACAAGGGUUGUUAUUUGUCGUGAUUUUUCGACCACGAGUUUUACACAGUCAGCGGUCGACUCCAUGAACCCUAGAAAAACUGCCAUUUCUGCCAUCUCAUCUUGCCACCUUGUGUGACAAUCCUGGGGUUCUCUCUGAUAGCUUUUAGGUGAGGUAACUAAUGCAGCUUCUGAGAUAUGAUCUCGGUUGGGAAGAAUUGCUUAUGUGGUGCUGUAUGAUUGAGCAUCAUGAGAGAAAGCUAUAAGCUGAGCUAGGGACUAGAGGGUGGGGCUCCGUCACGUAAACGUGACCGGAGGUCGGCGUUUUGUCUAGCCGGAGUCCACUAGACCGACACCGGGUGCUAUUGGAUACGCAGUCGUAUGCAAAAAAAUGAAACGCAAACGAAGGAACGCUUCCGGUUACUCGACCUCCGCUGUGACCGACGAUAGUAACCCAAAGAAAAUCACAAAAAAACAAGCAGAUCGAAUCCAGGCUACUGAAAGCAGAUACAAUGCUUGACCGAUCUCAUGAAAUGUUGGCCGAAAUUCUGGAAUGCGUUUCCAAUUAUGAAGGAUUUCUUAAGUGGCUUUGUUAUACUGAUUAUCAUUCAGCAUAACCCUAUAGCAUUUCGGACUCGACUGGAUGUCGGCUUUUAAACGCACUUCUUUUUGAGCUCCUGCGGAAACCACACUCGGUAAAAAAUGGCCACUUAUGUAGCAUGCAUUUUUCCCAUCGAUUUUCGAUGGUCUUAUAAAUUCAAAUAUAUUUUAUAGAAAAUAUGCACAAAAUAUACUUUCUUCUGCUCAUUUAUAGGAAAUCACAUUAUCUUCAUAUUUUAUGCCUGAUGAAAGUGUGUAUUUAGAUUUUUAAAAAGUUUCCGGAUUCUCGAAUAAUUUUCAGCUCGAUCUGCCAUUACAUCGACGUUUAACAGUUUCAGUCUACAAGGUACACGCUUUACGCGUAAGGAAAAUCAUAUAUUCCUCUAUGCCUUUAAGAAGAUACCACAUAAAGUUCAUGACAUUUUGCAGUGGAUCCGGACUGUGUUGUACAAUUCAUGAGGAGCAUUAUUAAACAGACAUGUGCGGUGUUUCAUGCAUGGACAUCGCGCGGUCCUAAAAAUCUCAUACUUAUAAGCUUUUUAAAACCUAAAUAUACACUUUCUUCGGGCAUAAAAUAUGAAGACAAUGUGAUUUCCUACUAGCUGACCAUCGAAAGUCAAUUGGAAAAAUGCAUGCUACUUAAGUAGUCAUCUUUUACCGAGUGUGGUUUCUGUAGGAGGCCAAAAAGAAGUGCAUUCAAAGGCCGACAUCCAGCCGCGUCGGAAAUGUUAUAGGGUUAUGCUGCAUGAUAAUAAGUAUAACAACCCCCUUCCUGAUUGGAAACACAUUCCAAAAUUUUGGCUAACAUUUCAUGAGAUCGGUCACACGCUGUAAGUAGGCCACUACGCAAAGUUCAACCGAUCAGUUCAACAGUCAGUCCUACCACUGACGUUAUAUUUUAGGAUUUCAACGAAUGGUUCGUGAGCUGCACCAGGCUUUCCCCUCUUUGCUCCUUCUAAUUUCCUCCCGCCCCUUCUUGCCUGCCUUCCAACUCGGCAACACACUACUGUGCUCUUCUUUUUUUCACCACCAGAUUUCCGCAGCUCCCACCACCGCCACCUCGGCCUUGUUUGUGACCUACGACCAGGCGCCGGUCUUUGCCCUCCCCUCCUACAGCAUUCCGCGGCCCAUUCAACCCACAGUGCGAUCCCAUCGGCUCACCCGUAUCUCUCUUCCCAACGGUCAGAGGAUGGUUGGGCCAGGCGAUGAGGCCGCUGAUCCGGCUGCGGCGGCGACAGCAGUCCUCGAGACGACCAACUCUGCCUCCCCGACCUCCUUCCGCGCCGCAAUCAACACACCGGAGAUGGUGAUGCAGAUUCUCAACGGUACCGUGCCGGACUCUUCCCCCGCCGGCCGACGUCUGCCCGCCUCGCCCUCCUCAUCGGUGUUUGAAGACCGUUCCCGCGUCAAACGGCGAGUUGGCCGACUGACUGAUGGGGGAGAGGAGGAGGUGGGCUGUUACAGUCCCCAUCGGGGCGGGACCCUCUUUGGUCGCCCCGCUCUGUCAGCAGCUGUCACCAACGGCUCGCUGGAAUUGCCCCAGGGGGUCCUACUCAGUCGUAGGCCGCCCCCUUUCGUCAUCAGCGAAUCCGAGUUCGAUGAGGAGGGGGAUGAAGAGGACGUAGAUGGCGAAGGAUAUCCCGUCGAGUGAGUGCUGUAUUCAGUCUUGGCUAGUUGGGCGUGGGUUCUUGUUGCUUAUCAGAUUUGGCCGUCCUAGCUGCAUGUUUGUUCCUUACCCCUUCUGUCUAAAUUGAACCGUCAUGUUAGAAUUAUAGACAGAGGCAGCUGUUUUUAGCAGCUUUCAGUAUUCCAGCCCACGGACUGCUGUGUGUGUAGGAACCGUGACGCGCACCCAUGAAUUAGUAGACUUGCGCAGUAUCUGUUGCACCCUCUCCUCCCGAAACCCGUGUCAAGACAUAGUCAAGGAGACCGGAGACGGAGUUAAGCGUAUUGGUUAAUGAAGCCAAAAAACCCAUCUACGCAUUCUGUACACGCCUGAUCCGCGUACAAUGGACUGGGUGCUCACAGAAGCAAGGAGCAACCGCAUGCAGAAGAGGAGCCAUUGCACUCUGACUCCGUCCUGAUGGGAGGGCCCAAUUGUCCUGUCAGUUGUCAUUCAUUCAAACCACGACUUUUGCCACUUAGAAGUACAGUAGGUGGGCUAACUCAUGAAAUGUCAACCGAAAUUCCGAAAUCCGUUUUCGUUUCGAAAAAAUUAAUUAAGUUGGGUCGUAAAACUAGUCAGCCUGCAACAUAAUUCUACCAUAAUUCAGCUACCCCAGGGUGCUGGCUUUCGAAUGAACUUCCUUCCAGCUGUAUGCAAGAACUAUACUAUGCAAAAAUGAUUACUUAAGUGGCAUGAAUUUUGCCCAUUGAUUUUCGAUGCCCCUAACAGUCCAAUUAUAUUUCACGGAAAACAUGCAUAAAGAUAUUCAUUCUUCCGCACAUUCGGUGUAAAAUUACGUCGUCUUUCAAUUUUAUAUUCGAAGGAGGGACAUAAUCCGGUUUUCAAAAACUUUUCUUAUUCCCGAAGAAUUUUGAACCCGCUCUGCCGUUACACUUGCAUUCAGGGUUUCCAAACUACAUGUCAUGUAUUUUCCGCUUACGGAAAUCCACACAUUCCUUUACGCUAUUGAGGGGGGACCAUAUAGGGUCCAUACAAUUUUGCAUUGGCUUUGAUCUAUAUUGUUAACUUUACAAGCCACAUUAGCGAAUGCAGCUGGUCAGUCAUCUGAUGGGGUGAUUGUACACAGGUGACUUGCAGAGCUAAGCAGCCCGUCUGCGCGUUACCCCCACACACGACCUGACCCUCUGCACAGCGCACCAGGAUUUCACAUGAAGGGAGUCUUUGUGGCUCGUGGAGCAUACAACAAAUCCGAAUAAGUCACAGCACAAGUUGCAAAACCCUUCAGGGCCUAUUGAAAUGCUAGGAGUGUAUACACCUGGAAGGUUACCCACUGACAUUGAUACCGCUGUCGCCCUGCCGGAUCAGGUUAAGGCCACAGUGGCCCCUUCAUUACCUGCUUUUUUCCGCAUUCGUGAGGUCGAAGACUUCCAUGUGGAGCUGGAAUCGGCAUGUCUAUAGUACUUGCGAGUGGGUCGUUUUGUCGGUCCUUUUGGCCUUGUCCCGCCAUUUGAAUAGGGCACGUGCUUGGCAAGAGAGAAGGCGAAUGAAAUAAAGGAUGCGCAAGCCGCUCUCACCAAUGCCCAAUUUGGACACAAAUCAGCACAGCACCCCUCCCUACCUCCUUCCGUGGUAAUGGCUGGGCCUGGACGUCUUCCUUGGAAGACGUAUCGCACAUGAAUGACGCUGAUCGUGUACUCGUACGCAAAUGAUAAUACACAAUUCAAGCCUGGAAUAAGUCAUCCCAUUAAUCAUAGCACGUGCAUUCUAACGCUGGUUUAUGGCAUGUGCUCAAUUUCGAGAACAGCUACUGUGAUCUUAUAUAAACUCCAAGUGACCACGUUUUUCGAAACACUGUGAUCCAGCAAAAUAAAUCACAACUACAUUUAAAAACUAAGAUAAUCGCAAAAGCAAAGUACUAAUUCCCCUUUAAGUAAGUUAGAUCGAACGUUUAGGACUUCUUUGUCCGGACACCUGAGAAAAUGCGAUGCAGAGAGGACUGCGGAUUUUCGACACACGGGGAAUGUGGCUAGAAUCAACUGGACCCCGACGAAACUACUACACCGACAUUCGGUCGAAAUUCAGUAGAUGUGCAUCGUUCGGUGGAAAUUGACCAGUGAAUUCUGGCCAGUAAUGAGGUGCAAAAGAACGAACUUUGUCAUUUAGUCAUAAAGGAUUUUUAGUCUUCUUCUGCCCGACGCGCAAUUAAGAUUUCCUUUCAGUUAAACCCGAUUCAAACCUAUAUUCCACUUAGGUCGCGCGUUUUCUAGUAAUCGGUUUAGAGCCACCAUGCCAUCGGCUACCUGAGUCGUCUUGGGUUUCAGUGACGCUCUCAGACCUUAGUAAUUCUUUUUCAAGUAACCAGUAUUCUCAUAAGAAGGUCCCAGCACUCCAUGGCCGAAGCACGAGAAACGGUCUAUAAACCUGGAUGUUGUAAUUGAGCCAUUUUCGUUUCCCCUUAAGCCGGUACGUUCAGAGUGCCAGAAUGUAAUGCCCUUUAUGAUUCCAUUACGCAUUUACAACAUUCGAUUAGUGGGAUGACAGCUCGCUGUUCCGUUUGGUCGAUGUGUAUUUUUUUUAAAUUGCGCUGUCGGCGAUUAGUGGCGUCAAUCCCUACGCAUGAGAAUUAGUGUUGUUUUGUGGAAAAUAAACAAAUUCCUGUCCGUGAGCACAACAAUUGUCGUAUUUUUGAGGAAAUGAGAGACAUGGGGAUAUUUCCCGCUUUUCAGUGCCUUCCGUCUAUUAGUAUACGAUUUUCUUUAUUCCUGGUUUGAUUAAAGGCCUCUUAUUAGUGUUUUGAGUGUUUUAACCAUAUUUUUGCCUGCUCUGGAUAUUAAACCCCCAUUUCAUUUGUUAAUUUCAGGGAACAACUGUUGACUCAAAAUCGCUUCCGAACUCAUACCACCCUGAAUUUGAAGAAGAACGCCAGUGAUGUUGAGACCCUGUAA